AUGACAAACAGCACCUCGGCGAUGUCUUCAAGAAGGGAGCGGCGCCCGAAGCCGUCGCCAUCGCCGGCCUCGGCCAGCUGCCGGCCGGCCAGCCACCGAGGACAAGGCGUUAGCCCGGAACAUGUCGCGCCAUCCUGCAUCGUGCUCAAGGUCAGACCGCCUCCAUCCCUCAACCCCCAUCUCCACCACGGCCGCCACACCCACCCGGCGCUGGGCAGCACUGCCGGUAGUCCACCGCGCGCAGCCGAGCUCCCGGUCACAGCCGCCGCCGCCGCUCGGGGACGCCGCCCCGGCAAACCGCCGCACCUGCCCCGGACCUGGGCAGCACCACCGGCCGUCCCCGCGCUGCCGGAGAGGCCCCUCCGCGGCACAGCCCGCCGCGCCGCCCGCGCGGCCCGGAUCGGGCCCGGGAGGCCCGCACCGCCCGCCGUCACCAACAGCAGCGCCACGACCUCGCACGGCCGCCGCGCGUCACCGCAGACAGCCGCGCCCGCCGACCGUCGUCGUGCCCGCCGCCCGAGUCUGCCCGGAACAGCCCGUCGACGCCGCCGAAACAGCCCGCGCGCGCCGCCGCCGCUCCAUGCCGAGCUCCCGCUGCAGACCAGGGAACUCGCGCCCUCCGCUGCAGGCACCUCCACUCUACGCUCGCCCUGCCUCCACGCCUUGACGCCGAGCCGCGAGCCGGCGUCGCCGCCGCCGCCGCUCGAGGCCAGCCUCAGCCCGCGCAUCCGCCGGAUCUCGACGAAGAGGCACGCCCGCGCCGCGCUCCACGGAUGGUCUGAGAUAGUGAGGUUCUGA